UCCACCGCCAAACCUCGCACCACAUCCAUCAUCCCCUUUCCACUCACCUCCCUUCUGCCCUCAAGUUCCAAAAGAGGCCACCUCGUGCCAGCAGGAGGAAAAAACGGAGGAGGAAAAAGAAGAAAACCUCAAUACCUCCCUCAGAGGUAACCCCCACCAUCCAGGAAGAGGACGAGGAGGGAGAAGAAGAGGAGGAAGAAGAGGAAGAAGAAGAGGAAGAAGGAGAAUCUGAGGCAGAGGAGGUCCAGGAGAAAGAAAUCUCUGCAGAGUCUGAGGCUGAAGCUCGUGGGAAGGACACAUCCCCUAAGCUGGAGUCCCCAAGCAAACCAAAGUUCACCGUUGGCAGUGAUGAGGAGGAGUCCAGCAGUGCUCUGGCUCCCGCACAGUUCCGUGUGGAGGAGGAGUGUGGCAUCCUGUCCCCCAUGCCUCGCUUUGCUGACCUGCUGCAGGACAAGGGCCCUGCCUCUCUCCACAGCCCCCCUGGGCCUCGAGAGCGUCUGUCACGUGGGUGGGAGAAGCGCAAGGCCUGGGGCCAGGUGGCGAGUGGGCAGCGGGUCACGUAUGACUUGAAGGAGAGGAUGUGCAUCGGCAGCAUGACCACCCUGGAGAGUGCAGCGUACCAGCGCGUCCCCACAGACGAGGCCGAGGCCCAGAUGCUGGCAUCUGCUGACUUGGAUGGCAUGAAAAGUCACCGCUUUGAAGAUAACCCAGGAGUGAGGAGGCAUCUGAUGAAAAAGCCAUCUCGGAGUCAGAUCACCAGGACAAGCAAAAAAUUAGCAUCAACACCAUCUGUCAAGAAAAAGAAGAAGAAGAAGAAGUUGGAUAGAAAGCCCCACGAGGUGUUUGUGGAGCUGAAUGAGCUUGUGGUAGAUAAGAACCAGGAGAUGCACUGGAGGGAGACAGCCCGCUGGAUCAAGUUUGAGGAGAAUGUGGAAGAGGAUACAGCAAGGUGGGGGAAACCCCAUGUGGCUUCACUGUCCUUCCGCAGUCUUUUGGAGCUCAGGAAGACUAUUGCCCACGGUGCCGUCCUCCUUGACUUGGAGCAGACCACUCUGCCUGGCAUUGCUCACCUUAUGGUGGAGACCAUGAUCAUCUCUGACCAGAUCAGGGCAGAAGAUCGAGCCAACGUGCUGCGUGCCCUGCUGCUGAAACACAGCCAUCCCAAUGAUGAGAAAGAGGGCUUCUUCCCGAGGAACCAUUCCAGCUCCAGCAUGAACUCCAUCGUGGGGAACCACCAUCACAACCACACCACAGACACGUGUGUGCCCCUCAUGGGGGAGGAGCGCAUUGAGAUGGCUGACCCCAAGGCCAACGAGACUGAGUGCAAGGAGAAAAACCCACAUCUUCAUAACUCCGAGGGCCAUCGUAAAUACUUGAAGCUGAUGGAGAAAAUCCCUGAAGAUGCAGAGGCCACAGUGGUCCUUGUGGGUUGUGUGCAGUUUCUGGAGCAGCCAACCAUGGCCUUUGUCCGACUAAAUGAGGCCGUCUUCCUGGAAUCUGUCUUGGAGGUCCCAAUUCCUGUCAGAUUCAUCUUCGUGCUGCUGGGACCUAGCCAGGCCAACAUGGACUACCAUGAAAUUGGCCGCUCAAUCUCCACCCUCAUGUCUGACAAGCACUUCCAUGAGGCUGCAUACAUGGCAGAUGAUCGUCAAGACCUCCUCAAUGCAAUCAACGAAUUCUUGGAUUGUAGCAUUGUCAUCCCCCCAUCAGAGGUGGAGGGGAAAGACUUGCUCAAAUCCAUUGCCACCUUCCAGAAGUUGCUGCUGAAGAAGAGGAAGGAGAGGGAGCAGAAGUCCAUGAAGGAGGGGACUGCUCAGGAAGCCAAAGAGCUGUGUGAAGUGAAAGCUGAGGAGGAAGAGGAGGAAGCUGAGGACGACCCUUUGAAGCGAACCGGGAUAUUUUUUGGAGGUCUGGUUCGGGACAUAAAGCGCAGGUACCCCAAAUACCUCAGUGACAUCAGAGACGCCUUGCACAGCCAGUGUCUCGCAGCCGUUCUCUUCAUCUACUUUGCUGCUCUCUCUCCUGCCAUCACCUUCGGGGGACUCCUAGGAGAGAAAACUGAGGGUCUCAUGGGGGUCUCCGAGCUGAUAAUCUCCACCUCAGUUUUAGGGAUCCUCUUCUCCCUGCUUGGAGCCCAGCCACUCCUGGUCAUUGGCUUCUCAGGGCCUCUGCUGGUGUUUGAAGAAGCUUUCUACAAGUUCUGCCAGACACAAGGCAUUGAGUAUCUGACAGGCAGAGUGUGGAUUGGUUUGUGGCUCAUCGUCUUCAUCUUCAUUAUCGUGGCAGCAGAAGGAAGCUUCUUGGUGCGCUACAUCUCGCCCUUCACCCAGGAGAUCUUUGCUUUCCUCAUCUCCCUCAUCUUUAUCUAUGAGACCUUCUACAAACUGUACAAGGUGUUUGCAGAACAUCCUUUGCUGAAGUUCUACCCACCAAACGUGCAGAGCAGCCUGAAUGCCAGCGUGCUCCCUACGGAUGCGAUGUCUCUGGGAACCAGGAUGCAGCCCAACACUGCUCUGCUCUCCCUCAUCCUCAUGCUAGGCACUUUCUUCAUUGCCUUCUUUAUGCGCAAGUUCAAGAACAGCCGCUUCUUAGGAGGAAAGGCACGGCGGAUCAUCGGAGACUUUGGGAUCCCCAUCUCCAUCCUGGUCAUGGUGCUGGUGGAUUACACCAUCACUGACACAUACACACAGAAGCUGAAUGUCCCCUCCGGCCUGUCAGUCACAUCCCCUCACAAGCGUGGCUGGUUCAUCCACCCCAUGGGCAGUAGUGGGACCUUUCCGCUGUGGAUGAUGUUUGCCUCUGCCAUCCCUGCCCUCCUGGUCUUCAUCCUUAUCUUCAUGGAGACACAGAUCACUACGCUGAUUGUUAGCAAGAAGGAGAGGAAGUUGCUGAAAGGCUCUGGCUUCCACCUGGACCUUCUGCUCAUUGGCACUAUGGGGGGGCUUUGCGCUCUGUUCGGGCUGCCCUGGCUGACGGCAGCGACAGUGCGCUCUGUCACCCACGUCAACGCCCUGACUGUCAUGAGCAAGGCCAUCGCACCCGGGGAGAAGCCCAGGAUCGAGGAGGUGAAGGAGCAGCGUGUGACCGGAGUGCUUAUUGCCGCCCUUGUCGGUCUGUCCAUUGUGAUGGGGAACAUGCUGCGGCAGAUCCCCCUGGCUGUGCUCUUCGGCAUCUUCCUCUACAUGGGGGUUACAUCGCUCACUGGCAUCCAGCUCUACGAGCGCCUGCUCCUGAUCUUUAUGCCAUCCAAGCACCACCCUGACCACAUCUACGUUGUCAAGGUGAAGACCUGGAGAAUGAAUCUCUUCACCUGCAUUCAACUGGCCUGCAUUGUGCUGCUCUGGGUGGUGAAAUCUACAGUGGCAUCGCUGGCCUUCCCUUUUGUCCUGAUCAUGACAGUGCCAUUGCGACGCUUCGUGCUGCCCCGCUUCUUCCACGACAGGGAGCUCAAAGCGCUGGACUCAGAGGAUGCGGAGCCCAAUUUCGAUGAGGAUGGCCGGGACGAGUACAACGAGCUGCACAUGCCUGUGUGAGCUGGGAGCUGCCCUCCCUGCUCAUGAGACAAGCGGCUCACGCCUGCUCACCCCUCCCAAGAACUAACUGGAG